AACUAUUAAUAGAAUUCAGAGCUUGGCUUUCCAAAAUAUGGGGUCAUCGCUGUCCAAUUCAGCAGACGCCACCAAUGGACCGCCGAUCACCGGCGGCAGCGCCGGCCUCGGCGAUAUACCGGAGAGCUGCGUUGCAUGCGUUUUCCUCUAUUUAACCCCACCGGAGAUUUGCAAACUCGCGAGACUCAACCACGCCUUUCGAGGCGCUGCUGAAGCCGAUUCUGUUUGGGCAUCGAAGUUAUCUCCGAACUAUCAAGAUUUACUCGAUCUAAUGCCACCGGAGAGGUAUCGGAAUCUCUCGAAAAAGGCUAUCUUUUCUCUCCUUUCUUGCCCUGUACCGUUUCACGAUGGCAAUAAGGAAGUAUGGUUGGAUAAGGUUACAGGAAGAUUUUGUAUGUCAAUCUCAACUAAGUCGAUGAUUAUAACUGGAAUUGAUGAUCGAAGAUACUGGAACUGGAUUGCUACUGAAGAAUCUAGAUUCCAGGUUGUUGCGUAUUUACAACAAGUAUGGUGGUUCGAAGCAGAUGGGGAGGUGAAAUUUCGUUUCCCAGCUGACAUCUAUACAUUGUCGUUCAGGAUUCACCUAGGAAGAUAUGGAAAAAGGCUUGGAAGACGCGUUUGCAGUUAUGAAGAUACUCAUGGUUGGGACAUUAAGCCAGUAAAAUUUGAGUUCUGGACAUCGGAUGGUCAACACGUCUUAACAGAACGUUAUCUUGACGAUUACAUCUUAGAAGAUCUUGAUCAUGAUCAUGUUCAUGAUAAUGAAGAAUAUGAUGAUGCGAAUGGAGAGCAUCACGACCAUAAACGUGGAUGCUGGAUAGAAUACAAAGUUGGUGAUUUUACGGUUUCAGAUUCCAAUCAGGCGACUGAAUUACGGUUCUCUAUGAAACAAAUUGACUGCACACACUCCAAAGGUGGGCUUUGCUUAGAUUCGGUUAACAUUGCACCUCGUGACUUGAAGGCUCUAAGGCAUAAAUUGGACAGGGUCUAGGUGAUGAUGAUGAUGAUGAUGAUGUGUAUGUUUUUAGACACUUCCACUAGGAUUUCAGAUUGAUUGUAUUUUGUUGUUUGAUGUUGUAGAGGUGAAAUCAUGUGGAGGGGUUGUGUUUAUUUCAUUUUCAUUAUGGCUGGAAA